CGUGGCUGCCCCGCUCACCCCCCUCCUGCAGCUGGAGGACUACAACGCCGUCGUCGUCGACUUGCACGCGGACCACGUCCCCGAGAUCAUGCGCAAGCUCGCCGACCCGCGCUACGACGACGUUUCGGUGAGGCAUCCGACGCGCAGCCCGGGUAGCUCGGACGCCAGGCGCCGGGCUAGGUUGGAGCUCGUUUUUAAGGACCGCCUCUCGGACAUGGCCAUGGAGAUGCGCAUCCGAGACAUUAAACGGAACGUCCUAGAUGUCGACAGUUACAUCGGCCUCAAAUCCUUGUACACCGACCCGGACGCGCUUGUCCUCGAGUGUGUGCCCCCCCUGGCCGUGGCUAGGGUCAGCACGCUUUGCUUGCAGCUCAUCUUCCUCACCAGCGAUAGGGCCUUGAUUCGCACUGCGGCCUCGAAGGACACGCGGGAGAAAUUGAUGAACGACGCAGCUAAGGAGGACAAGGCACUUACUAUCACGAGCCUUCGCUGGAAGGCUGGAAAAUAUGGAGGGCGGCACUUCGCCACUGUUGACGCUACUGUUGGCGCUCUGACGGCCUCCCGCCGUCGGAGGCACCGCAGGGGGAAGCCAGCAACGAUCGUCGACCAUAUCACCGAGAUUCGGGUCAAUGGGGAGGUCGGCCUCGACAGCAAGGGGGUCAUCAACAGGCUGCUGCAGCACGCUUGCCAGACCCAGGCCCUGAACCUUCAGCCGGCGCGAGACUCAGAGCGUCCGGAGAUCGGCACUUGGGUGCACCUGUUGGACCUCAACCCCACGGCCCCUCCAGGCCACGCGCGGGUGUACCUGGGCAGCAGCGCCGACGUCCGCAAAGUCUACCAGGCACUCCAUGGGCAGGUUCUCCAAAUCGGCUCCGACACGGUCUCCAUCACCGCGCAGAACGACGCUGCGCAACUUUACCCCGACGUCACCCCCGACCAACGCAGCGACGUCUCCUUCUGCCUCCUGCUUCGCCGCAAACUGUAUCGCGACCUCGGCGUGGACUGCCCAUCCGACAUCAGCCCGUCAAGCGAUUCGCUGACGGAUUCACCAGUACGAACAUUGGUUCGCCGCCCGCACCUGCUCUACAAUGGGGAUGUCUCCAAAACUACGUGGAAUACCCAGGCGCUCUUCGCUGAGAACCCGUCUUGUUUCAAGCGGAAGUCUAAGUGCGUACACAACUUCAUGGCCAGCCACGACGUAGGCCUCUGGACGGAGACGCACGGCACGGCGGGCGGCAACGCUGUCUGGACGAACCCAUCCGGCCAGCACGGCAACCUCGACUUGUAUGUCCUCUAUUUUCGCACGGGUUCGGAAGUGAUGCCUCACGAUGUCGUUGCCGCCGGCCUGGAGCACAUGGACCGCCUGCCGUCCUUCUUCGAGCUCAGGGAGCCCUGCAUGACCUACGCGUCGCCCAAUACACGUUCCCGGCUCGACAGGCUAUAUUGCAACCAGGAGCACGCGCACUACCUGGACUACAACAUGUCGUGCGCGGCCCUCCCGUGGUGUUUCGAGUUAUCCCAGCGUAGGGUUGUCAGUUUCCGCCGCGCGCGUCCGUGCCGCGAUUCGGACUCCGCGCAGCCGCUCGCCGACCACUUCGUCGACCACCCCGACUGGCCGUCCAAGGUAGCCUUAACUUUUGGAGAAUUGCUCGAUCAGUCACCGGGAGCGUCUCGGCUGAGAAAGGUUUCGUUUCUCAAGGAGGCCAUGCGCACUGCCGCCGCCCACCUGGACGGGCCCGCGCACGCUGCUUCGGGCACGCUGAGCGCGGAAGACCGGCUGGGCACGACGAUGCGCUUCCUGAGGGCUUCGGAGCGGCAGUCCCCGAGUGCGGUUAGCUCUUGCAUCUCCCGCUACCCCGCCCUGCGCACGCUGGUCGACAACCCGUGCGACUUCGCCGGCCCGCCCCAGGCACGUCUCAGAUUUGUCCGGCAGCAUGCGCUCGACCUUGCCCGCGACCACGCUCUCGAUGAGCUCAACCAGUUGCGCGGCGAUCUCGCGGACCUCCCAGCGGAGCAAGCCGCGCACCGCCGUCGGCGGGUCCUCCGGCUGAUUCACCGCCUCGCCCCCGGCCGCAGCUGCGCGACCUUCGCGGUCAUGGACAAGCAGGGCCACGCGACCACCGACCCUUCGGCGAUGGCCUCCACCUUACGGGACCACUGGUUGAAGGUAUUCGCAGCCCAGCACACCGCCGCCGCCCUCCGAACCCAAUGGCUGCACGAGGAAGCAGACCACGGCACGCCAGAAGAUGCAAGACACCUCCCCUUCAACAAGCCCUCCCGGGAGGACUUCAAGAACGCCUUGCGCUUCUCCAAGAACAGUGCGCCGGGCCCAGAUGGCAUUACUUUCCGGGCAUGGCGCAGGCUUGGCGACUUCGGGACUACCAUCUUGUACGACGCCUUCUCCGCCCUCACUGCUGACGACGCGCUGGAGGCUCUCGACCAGGACUGGCGGGACUACAAUUCCAGCCUUUUGGUCUUUUUGCCGAAAAAGCAUUCCGGCGAGACCGAGGACGGCAUCUUGACGUGCGAGGCCGCCAAUACCAG